CAGGAGCACAGGGCCCCCAGCUGUCCCACGCCGCGGAGCUGCUAGAGCUGUGAUUUCAAUCCUUGAGAAGUCACCGCACUUUUUCAACACCAUGAGCCGCCUGUACGACACCAUCGAGCCCAAUGUGGUCUCCGACGAGAUGUUGCAACAGGCCGUGCAGGAGCAGGGACCCCAAGGGCAAGCCGGCAUAAUCGCUAAGGAGGAAGGGAUUCUCUUUAAAGACGUCGAGCGCCUGCGCCUGGACUACAGAAACAUCCUGAAGAUGGAAAAUCUUUGGCAGUUCACAAAUCUGACCAAACUACAAAUGGACAACAACAUCAUUGAGAAGAUAGAAGGUCUGGAAUAUCUGGUCAACUUGGUCUGGCUGGAUCUCUCUUUUAACAACAUUGAGGUGAUCGAUGGCUUGGACUCCCUGGUCAAGUUGGAGGAUCUCAGCUUGUACCACAACCGCAUCUCUAAAAUUGAAAAUCUGGACAACCUGAAGAAGCUGCAGUUCUUCUCCAUUGGGAACAAUGACGUGGACAAACUUGAAAACAUCAUCUACUUGCGGAGGCUGGAGAAGCUGGAAGCACUCUGCCUGGAUGGGAAUCCCAUCGAACAAGUUGAGGACUACAAGCUGUUUGUCGCCGCCUACCUGCCCAAUCUGGUCUAUCUGGACUACAAAUUAGUGGACAAUGACACUCGUGAGUUGGCUGGUCUCAAAUAUCAGUACGUCAUCGAGGAGCUGCAGCACAAUGAGAACUUGGCGAAGACAAAGCAGGAAGAGGAGCAGAAGGAACAAGAAGUGCUACAGUUGCAUAAGGAUGCGUUUGUGGAACAUCUCAACGGGCCGUUCCUGUUUGAUAGCCUGUUUGCAGAAGAUACAGAAGGGAGCAAACUGGUGCAGCUCCCCGAAGUGGUCCCACUUCUUGAAACCUACCGGAGCAAGUUUCUAGAGCUGUGCCACAACAUAUUCAAUAACGGCCUAAAGCAACACCAGCGGAGGCAGGAGGAGCUGAAGGCCUAUCACGAGGGCAAGGAAGAGGCGGUGAAAAUGAAUCAAGACAUUGGGGCGAGUAAGGUGGCUGAGUUCGACCCGGUAAAGGAGCAGUUUCACAGAGACAUUCAAGAAAUCGCAGACGAGGAGCAGCUGAACUCGCGCCUGGCACAGUACCACAGUGACAUCAAGGAGCUGCACAACUCACUCAUGAUGUUGGAGAUGCAGCUGUUAGAGCAGCUUAAGGACAUAAGUGAGGAUUUCGAAAGAAACAUGACGGAAAUGGUGGUCAAUUUCAUCGAGUAUGUUCAGGGCUUAAUCGCUCAACUGCGGGACUUGGAGAGCAACUACAAUGAGAAAGUGCUGGAGAUUGCCAUCAACACUCUAGAGAAGGCCAAGAGGGAUGAAUUUGAUGAGGAUAUCCCUGAAGACGUCAGAAUGCUCUUUGUGGAUAAAGACACAGUUAUCAACGCUGUCAGCGGCUCUCAUGACAUGCACCUUCUGAAGAUCGAUAACAGGGAGGACUCAAUAGUGACAAGAGCCAAUAAGUGGUGUGCAAAUGUGGUCACACAGGUACACCGGGAAGAAAAGACUCGCAAUCGCAACCGUGUUUCAGAGAUCCACCAGUACACUAACCAUCUGCGGGACAAUGCUGCUAAGUACGAGCUCCGCCAUGCAGCCUAGGCAGCUUUGCCUCUGCUCAACACG